ACAAUGGUUUCUGGUUCAUUGUUUACAUUACUCGCGCUCGCUAAUUUCGCUUGUUGUUUGGGUUUUCAACUAGUUAGCGGGUUGAGGUCGUGUUGAAAUGGAUUCACCGAGGUUCAAAUAUUCUACGGGAAAAUUAUGCGUUGCUGCCGGCUGUUCAAACACCAAUAACGACGGCUGUUCCAUGCACGCUUUUCCGAAAAGAAAUGACUCAGUUCGUCGGACAUGGAUCAACUUUGUAAAGACCAAACGAGCUCAUUGGAAAGGCCCAUCAAUACAUUCACACUUGUGUUCAGCACAUUUUACGGCUGAUUCCUUUCCCUUCCGAACCAGAUUCGAAAUGAAUGUAAUGGGGGUGAAACCGCCAAAGAUGACACUUGUGAAAGGUUCUUACCCAACCAUUCACAGUCCGUCUACCAAUGUGCCAUCUGAUAGUACUAAUGCUAAUAUUGCUAGCCGCACACUGUCUCCUGUUAAAAAGAGAAAAGCUUUCUUAAAAAGAGAAGUUGCCAGGAUUAUGUCUGAAAAUGAAAGUGUUGUGGUACCCGUUGAAGACGUGACUAACAGCCCACCGGCAUUUGAAAAUGAAAGUGUUCCGGUACCCGUAGAAGACUUAACUAACAAUCCACCAACUGAGGAAACUAAUAAUGUAAAAAUACUCCACAAGUGUGUUGUGUGUGACUCGAUUUUUCAGCAAUUUGAUGAUUUAGAACAACACAGUAAAAUACAUGUCAAAGAAGAGAAAACUGAUGAUGUAGAUGAAUAUUGUCGUAUUAAAGAAAAGAAAACUGAUAAUGUAGAUGAAUAUUGUCAUGUCAAAGAAGAGAAAACUGAAGAUAUUGAAACUGUUUAUCAGUGUAAAUUGUGUGAUGAAGAAUUUAGAUUAGAAACUGAUUUAGAAAAACACUGUGAAAUACAUGUUAAAGGCGAGGAUUCUGUUUUACAACAUGGUAAAAAUUGGGAGACAAGUUUUAGCCAGUAUAAUGAAACAGGUUGUGGAACAAGUUAUAAAUGUGAUAUUUGUAGUAAAUCAUUUAUUAAGAAACAUAAUCUUCUGGCACACGUGAGAAUUCAUACUGGUGAAAAACCAUUCAGAUGUGAUGGUUGUAGUAAAUCAUUUAGUCAGAAAGGUCAUUUGAUAUCUCACGCGAUUAUUCAUUCGAGCGAGAAAGCUUAUAGAUGUGAUGUUUGUAGUAAACCAUUUACUCGUAGUGGUGAUCUAAAGUCACACAUGAAGACCCAUUCUGGUGAAAUACCCUAUAAAUGUGAUGUUUGUAGUAGAUCAUUUCUUAAGAUUGGUAACUUACAAUCACACAUGAGAAUUCAUACUGGCGAAAUACCUUAUCAAUGUGAUGUUUGUAGUAAAUCCUUUACUACCGGUAGUAAUCUACAAUCACACAUGAGAAUUCAUACUGGCGAAAUACCUUAUAAAUGUGAUGUUUGUAGUAGAUCAUUUCUUAAGAAUGGUAACUUUCAGGCACACAUGAGAAUUCACACUGGUGAAAAACUUUUUAAGUGUGAUAUUUGUGGUAAAACAUUUAGUCAGAAAGGUCAUUUGAUAUCUCACGUGAUUAUUCAUUCGGUUGAGAAAGCUUAUAGAUGUGAUGUUUGUAGUAAACCAUUUACUCGUAGUGGUAAUCUGAAAUCACACAUGAGAAUUCAUACUGGUGAAAUACCCUAUAAAUGUGAUGUUUGUGGUGAAUGUUUCACUAGCAGAUAUCAACUUAAGACCCAUGUCAUUAUUCAUACAGAGAGGAUUCAUGGGGGAUCACGGUGGCUAAGACGCUAGCUCGCUAGCCUGGAGGUCGGGUGUUCGAUCCCUGCAUUGGCCGAGAAAGUUCAUCCAGAUUUUCCGGCGUGGUUCUCCCUUGUCAGUGAUGCAGGACGGAGGGGCUGACAAGGAAAGCUGUCUAGUCGUUCGGAUGGGACGAAAAACCAAGGUCCCGUGUACACAUUGGCGUGCACGUAAAAGAUCCCUUGGCAGUUGGAAUUCGAUAUAAGAGUAGGUGAUAGUGCCGCUGCCCGGGCAAAAUUUCCCUCAUAGCACACUGUAUGGCGUAUGCCCAUCUUCAUUAGCCCAGGUUAGGAGCAGAACAGUAGGACGUUAAACUCCAUUCAUUUCAUUUCAUUUC